AUGGACGCAUUUGAAUACAACGCCAAUCCCGGCCGGGUCAUCUUCGGCAGUGGCACCAUCCAGAAACUCCCUGAUGAGAUCGCCCAUCUUAACCUCAAGCUGCCCCUGGUCCUCUCGACACCGCAGCAGACCAGCCAGGCUGAGACCGUCAAAAAUGUCCUGAAGGACCAGAUCGCAGGCAUCUUCUCGGAUGCUACGAUGCACACGCCCACGCAUGUCACCGAUGCGGCCGUCCAAUUUGCGCAGCAGAAGGGCGCUGAUUCGGUCAUUUCCAUCGGGGGUGGCAGCACCAUUGGUCUGGGAAAGGCAAUUAGCUUCCGCACAGGACUGUCGCAUAUCUGUAUCCCAACAACUUAUGCGGGAAGUGAGAUGACGCCUAUUUUGGGAGAGACAGCGGAUGGAGUGAAGAAGACCAAGUCUGAUCCCAAGAUCCUUCCCGGGACGGUGAUCUAUGAUGUCGACUUGACCAUGACCCUGCCCACGGGGAUGAGCGCAACGAGUGGUGUCAAUGCCAUUGCUCAUGCUGUCGAGGCUCUCUACGCCCGCAACACCAACCCCGUCAUCAACCUGAUGGCCAUUGAAGGAACUCGAGCCUUGGCCAGCUCUCUCCCCGAAAUUGUUGAGAACCCAUCUUCUCAAUCUGCUCGCUCCCUGGCCCUCUACGGCGCCUGGCUGUGCGGAACCUGUCUAGGUAGCGUGGGCAUGUCCAUCCACCACAAGCUCUGCCACACUCUCGGAGGCAGCUUCAACCUGCCCCACGCAGAGACUCACACUGCUGUGCUGCCGCAUGCUAUCUCAUACAAUGCGCCCAAAAUCCCUGAGGCUAUGAAGAAGCUGGCAGACGCUCUUCCCGAAAGCAACGGGGAUGCGAUCCACGGGUUGAACGUCUUACUGGAGAAGCUGAAGGUCAAGCGGGGAGCCCAAGACUUUGGAAUGAAGGAAGAUGGCAUUGAUAAGGCUGCUGAAAUUGCCGUAAGCAACCCGUACUGGAACCCCCGGCCAAUUGAGCGUGGUCCGAUCCGCGAGUUGAUUCGGAGAGUUUGGGCUGGAGAACCCGCGCGCGCAGAUCUGUAA